UUGCUUACAUCGCAGGCAGAGACAUCCCAUUUAUGCUGGGGAUUGUUUGUGAAGCAGAGCAGAGAGCUAGAGAGAGAGCGACAGAGACAGAGUGAGUGAGAGUGAAAUCACAUGCACUCCCUAUAAUGGUCGGUUAAAAGCAGACAUAUUAACAGACGUCCUCACUAAACUGAAUAGAAAGACUUUUUUGUUCUGUUUCUACUUUUUUUUUUUCUUUAUGUUUCAUAGGAUUAUGUUUCUUACGUGUCAGUCUGAAGAUGUUUUUCUCCUGAACACCUGUUGAAGACACAGAGACAUGUUGCUCAGGAGGGGGCGCUGCAACCACAGCCUGUCCUGAAUGUGUGCAGCAGCCAACUAUGUGCUCCCAUUGAGGAGACACAGUGAGGGCUUGGCGAAUCCUGGCAGGCUGUGUGGGGGGGUAUCGAUGCCCACCCAUGCCCCUGGAGCCCGGUCACAUGGAGCCCCCCACCCACACGACGAAGAGAUGGACUUGGCUUGGCAGGAACUGAUGACCAUCACUGAGCUUCAGGAGUUUGAGGUCCCACAUGACAGCCCAUAUGAAAAUAUUCAGUACCAUCCCUUGGAGCUGCCCAUCUCUCUGGGAGGUUAUGGCAUGGCUCAGUCUCACUCUCAUACAGAGCCCCUCCGCUGUGGUGGUGAGACAAAUCCUGAUGCUGCUUAUGAGGGAUCCUACUCUAAAGUAAUGCCAGCUUGCCAACAUCAGGCCACCAGGGAAGCAGCAGCAGAGGCACUGUACGGACAUUCUGGAAACCAUUCUGGAGCCCAGCUGAACCCCAGAGUUCUGAACCCUCUACAGCCCUCGCUGAUGGGCCUUCUAGAGCAUAUGAGUCUGCCGAGCGUCGGUGGUGAGGGACUUGUUGGAAACGACAAUGCUGGCCCCUCUCAGGGCCCGGGUCGGUACGUGCUAGGGACAAGUCAUGGGCAGAGCAAACACCCGCCAUGCACUGUGGAUGAUCUGGAAUCUGACUCUGGCCUAUCUCUGGGUUCCAGCCCACCACUAGCCUCACCAGAUGAUGCCAUGACUGGUGUCCCUGCUUAUUCAAGCACAGAGGUUGGUCUGAACUAUAGUCACGGGGAGAUGGAGAAUAUGGGUGAGCAAGGAAGGAGAGCUAGCCUCUUUUACUCUGUGGACUAUCAGCAGCAUCCCAAUCACCCCUACCACUACUCAGGGAUGCACUCCUCUUACUUCCCUGUAACACAACCAUCCCAAAUGCAACCACAGCCUCAGUUCCUGCCUCCCAUAUCAAUGAAACAUCAACAAGGUUUACCCAGUGCCUUGAACGACCGGCAUCUUAACAGCUCUGCCACCAGAGAGAGCUCUCCCCAGGCGUUCUAUGUAAAACCCAGAGGUAACCCACUUCCUGUCCCUCUGAGCCGGGAUGAACGCCGAGCCCUCGCCCUCAAGAUCCAUUUCCCUCUAGAGAAGAUCAUCAACCUACCUGUGGAUGACUUCAACGAGCUCCUGACACAGUACACCCUCACGGACUCCCAGCUCGCKCUUGUCAGGGACAUCCGCCGGCGGGGGAAGAACAAGGUGGCAGCCCAGAACUGCAGGAAGAGGAAACUGGAGAACAUUGUUUACCUGGAGGGGGAGUUGGGUCAGCUACAGGCCCAGAGGGAACACCUGGCCAGGGAGAGGUUGGAGUUCCAACGCAACAUGACUAUUGUUAAACACCGCCUCACAGACUUGUAUGCUGAAGUCUUUUCUCAGCUCCGGGAUGAGGAUGGACAUCCCUACUCUAUAGAUGACUACUCUCUACAGCAGACCCCUGAUGGGAACGUAUACUUGGUGCCUCGUAGUGAGUUGUUGGAGGGAGAAUAAUGUAAAGAUGAAAUCUAUUGGACAGUUAUUGUAUACUGCCUCAGUUUAUAUAUCAAUAUGAAAUUGUUGCUAAAUCUACAGUACAAUAAGUGCCAUUAAGGAUAUUUACAUACAAAACCAUGGAACAGUGUAUGUAGAGAUCAGAUAAAAUGGCAGCUAAAAUGGCACCAUGUUAAACAAACUAAUCAAUACUUAGAGCCUUUAGAAAGGAGUCAUAACCCUUGACUUAUUCCACAUUUAGUUGUUAUAGCCUGAAUUCAAAAUGGAUCAAAUAUACUGGACAAAAAU